AUGAGCAGCAUGCCGGUCGGGGACCACUUUCACCACUUUCAGUCCCUUUUCAAAGGCAAUUUGGCUGACAAAGUGGAUAAGUUUUUGGAAGACAAGUCUCAGCACAUCGACUUCUCCGAAUUCCACAAGUCGAAAGUCUUAUCGGAGGCCUGUCCGGUCAGGCGGGUUCAUAUUGCCCAGUUGGCGGCUAAUAAUCCACUGGAGGAUCGAUGGAAUCUCGGCUUCGUACAGGUAAGGGCCAAAAUUCUCUUUCCUAUCCCGAAAAUUUGA